AUGGCGUCUGAUCCGAUCGCGUUUCAUUCACUUGAGGAUCCUCUCGAGAAAAUCGUUGAGCCCGAUACAAGCAGAAAUGCUGCCGACAUUCUGUGCCCUCUUGACAAGUGCAAAUGUCUUGUCAUCAAGAAAGGUGCUGCCGUGCUUGUUGAACGCGACGGAGCCAAGCUAGAAUUACCGGAAUCCGUGCUCGGAAGCAACCUUUCCGAGCAACUGCAAGGUUCAGCAGAAACGCAGUUCUGGCGCCUGGGUAACAUGAUGGACUUUGAGAACGUUGGGUUUUCUAAAACCGUUGACGCUGUAAAGUAUUUGUCGUGUGCCGAUUGCGAUGUUGGUCCCAUUGGCUACCAUGAUACAAAGGAGUCCCCUAGCGAGUUUCUGAUAAGCAUUCGUCGGGCUCGCUAUCGAUUUUGA